UCAGACCACACAGACACACACUGCUACGCGAGACGGGAAGAACCACUCACACCCACUCACCCACACUCACUCACUCACUCACUCACACACACACACACUCAGUGUAGAAUCGGCUAAACUGGACCCCAUUCACCACCAAACAUGAGGAUCAGGAUUCCAACGCGUCUGUGGUCCCCCGACCGGCUGACCUCCGUCCUGCUGCUGGAGCUGAUGGUCUCCUGGGCGCGGGCCGGAGCCCCGCCCCCGGUGGUGGUGUGUGCGGUGGGGGGGCGGGCCCUGCUCCCCUGCAGCUGGGAGGAGGGCGGGGCCCACGUGGAGUGGCGGAGCCGCGCGCCGCUGGAGACGGUCUACGAGAGGUGGGGCGAGCAGACGUGGGCGGCGCCCGGGUUCCAGGGGCGGCUGGCCAUGGCCGCCGGGGCGCUGGAGGCGGGGGACUGCUCCCUGGAGCUGCUGGACGCCCAGCUGCUGGACGGCGGCGAGUACGACUCCUACGGGCUGCAGGGCGGCGGGCGGCUGGUCCGCCGCGUCCCGCUGCACAGCGUGCGCCUCAGUGUGCACGACCAUAAGCUCCAGAGGUCGGUGAGCGUUGGAGAGGACCUGACCCUGGAGCUCAUCACCCCCCAGGCCCAGAGGGUGGUGUUCCAGGAGAGGAACGGCUCCAGCUGGGGUCUGCUGUGGCAGAGAGGGGGGGUGGAGUCCCCCCGGCUGAGGAGGGUCCCGGGCCGGGAGGAGCUGGUGCUGACCCACCCCACCCCCGAGGACCAGGGCUUCUACAAGGUCCUGGACGGGCACGGGCUGGCCGUCAGCACCCUGCUGCUCAGCGUACGAGAGUCCCUCCUGGUACCAGAGCCCCACCAGGACUACAGGGAACACAACUCUCCUGUCGGCAGCACAGCUGUCGGGCCUCGCCCGCCCGGCUGUAUCCCUCUCUCUCUGCUCCUGUGGACGUGUGCGUUGGCCUCCAGGCUGACUCGGUCCUGAGAUGGACUGCUGAGUAGUUUGAACCAUAGAUUCAUUAUAUAGAACACUGUCUCCUCCGCGCUGCUGGCCAAUGGAGCCGAACGUCACCACUGGCGGCCAUCUUGCCACAGUCAGCUGCUCGCCCAUAACGUUGUUGAUAGGGGUACAUGUACUUUUUAAAUGAGCAUAACUUGCUAAAUUUUCAACCGAUUUCCAAACGGUUUGGUUUGUUAUAAACGUCAGAGAUGUAGUUAUUACACUGCAUACUCAUGAACGAUUAUGUUGGGUUCUAAAAUGAUAGAAUGUUCUAAAAUAGGUAAAAGAUUAUAACAUUCAGCGAGAUGAGAGUUAAUAGCGUUUGUGCAGAUCACUGACUGACCACAGAUUCCACCAGAAAGCUUGCCUGUGGUAAGAUUGCCACCUGUGAUGAUGUUCUAGACGCUGCCGUAAGACAUCUAGUGUAUAUGUAUCUAUGGUUUGAACCCUGUGUGUAGCCGUCUACUGACCAUGGCCGUGUGACUAGGUUGUGUUGCAGUUUCACUGGAUAUUCUUAACAAUGUUGAUGUAAUUCUUUGUAGAACAGCUGAAGGGGUUCAGCCUCACUAAGCUGUUGUUACUGCCUCAAUAAAUGUCAAAUUAUAACAUUUUCCUCAUUAUGAGUGUUCUCCCCAAAACAAACAGAAUUGUCUAUAAAAAGCACUUUAUACAGUAAAUGCACUUUACUAUCAUUAUCCUCACUGUUAUCAUUAUUAAGAUGAAUAAAUAUAGAAUGAAUCAUUAGAUUGUGAACUUGGAUUUUGUUUGUGAAAUAAAAGAAGAGCCUUCAAGGUCAACUCUUUAUU